CUCCCAUUUCACUCUCCCUCGGCCACCCUCUACCUAACGCAACGCAACGCAGCAUAGCGCUACGGCCGCAUCGCAUCGCAUCACAUCGCAUCCCAACGCAACGCAGCACUGCGCAGCGACGCAACAUUGCUUGCGCGGACCAGCUCCACCACUCGGCCGCGGCCAAGACCGGCUCUCCACCCCCCCAUCCAGACGCUUUUUCCCCCCCCGACCCUUGUUUGGCCCCGGGCGGGCGCCCGACCCGGCCAUCGUUUACGCCUGUUGCUCUCGCCUGGCUUCUGACCGCCUCCGCCUCUGUUUUCCCUCCUCCAUCUCCCUUUGCCUCACAACAACACUCACCCCUCCACACCGGGCCGCUGCAGCCGUUGCCCUGCGGCCGCGACAUCCUAGCGAUACGGAUCUUACCGUCGCGGCCGAUUUGUUUUUUCAUCCAGACCUCCUCUCCCGUCGCUGCCCGCCUCAUCUGCCGCAUCCCGAUUUCGAGUCCCGUGCCGAACUCUCAGCCUCGCACGUCGGCCAUCUCUCCACGAUGAAUCUGCUCUUAUCGCCACAGCCGCCCGUCUUUCCUCACCAGUACGAAAACCAUCGUCUUUCUCCUCAACGAUCCGUCUCCCCUUUGCCCGGCAUGGCCAACCGCAAACGAAAAGCCGACGAAGAUGGUGACGAGACUAUGUCACCCAUGUCGUCUCCCGCCGUCGCCUCCAGGACACUUGCCCGCCCCUCCAAAAAGGCCCGAGCAAACGAACUCAUCGGCCGUCCCUUACCGCUGCCUCGUCUUCUUGAGACCCUCGACACCGAACAGCUGCGCACAGUCCUGGAACGUAUCUGCGAACGCCAUCCAAAUAUCGGUCAGGAGGUCGUCUCCGAAGCUCCUCGGGUUACUGCCGGAGCGGCGCUGAGUGUUCUCCGCGAGUACCAGGACAAGCUCAAGGCCGCCAUACCGUACGGUGAAUCCAGCCCCGAGUACACGUACUACCGCAUCCGAGACGCCCUGGUCGCCCUCCUCGAGGCACUGUCAGCAUUCACACCGCAGUUUCUGCCACCAGCCGAGAUGCAGGUAGCUAAGUCGCUCCUGUUUCUGGACGGUGCCACCAAGCUUGUUCACGACUUGCCGAAUUGGGAAGCGCAAGCGUAUCGUCAUCACAAGGAGAACGCAUACGAAGAACUCUCAAGGGCAUGGGCUCUCGUCGUCAACGAGGCCGGAAAGAGAGGCGGCGGCAUCACGCUGAGUUCCGGUGGCUGGGACCAACGACUCGCUCGACACAACGAAGAGUCAGGCGGACGGUUGGCGACGGCCGUUUCAGCAAUGGGCGACAACGUCGGAUGGAUGGCCACAAACCAGCCUGCCAAUUCUGGGGAGCAAAACUCGAUCCUGAAUCAGUUGAUGUCGGGCACCUAUGGUUCCCCCGUCCGCGUCGGACCGUGGUAGAGCCCUCGGGGCCGAUAAGAACGGCGACUCCCUGCAUUCCUGUCUCGACCGCUAUACCACUAAACAUGUGACGACACUUGACGACUUUUCUUUCUCUUGCAUUCUACGACGGCAUAGACACGGGCGCUCUUGUUUGCACUGCAGGACGGGGUGGCGUUUACUCGCGUUUUUUUCAUUUCCUCUGCCAGCCACACAUUUGUGACGGGAAUUUUGUGAGGGAAUUCAUCGGGACAGCUUGUCGCUGUGGGCCUCUGCCGGUCCCUUCUGUAUGUAUAUAGCGUGCUGCAUGUGAAGCACGCAGCAAACACGGAAUCGUGCCAGCGAAUCCAGUUCUCUUUUGUAACAAGAUUU